GAACUUCAUACGUGGCUGCUGAAGUGCUGCAGCUCUCAGCUGCCGGAGCCUGGAGUCAGCAGCGUUGGCCUGGAUGGCAGGGAGACAGCGGUGCUUCAGUUGCGCAAACCAUAAGCUUCCCUGGCUGCACAUUCUUUUUGGACCGUGGGACGGAUGAGAGGCGGGAGUUGUCGGAGGCCCAGCUGGGCUGUUGCUGUUCUGUUCAUCGUCGUCCUGCUGAUGCUGACCCUCGAGACAUCAGGCAGCCAGAAAAUGACACAAACAUCGAUGGCUCAUGCAACCGCCACAGCUGCAGGACCGGGUCCUGUCCUGACUGAGGAUCUCCCUGGCUUCCGGGCGGUAGCUGAGCUGCUAGCUAGCGAGCAAGCUCACGUGUGGCUUUUGUCUCUGAUGGGCUCCGUUGUGGUGGGGCUGAGUGGCAUCUUCCCACUGCUUGUCAUUCCAAUAGAAGCAGGAGCUGCUCUCAAAACAGAGGCUGGAAGCCAGAAGUUGAAACAGCUUUUGAGCUUUGCAAUUGGUGGUCUCCUGGGUGAUGUGUUUCUCCACCUCCUCCCUGAAGCGUGGGCUCUCUCUGCUUCUUCAGGUGCAGCCGGUAAGCAGAACCACUUCAUGACCCAGGGUCAGUGGGUGAUCAGCGGGUUUUUGGCAUUCCUUGUCCUGGAGAAAAUGUUUCCAGAUAAGGACAGUCAAGAGCCAGAGCAGUCUUCAGUUUCAGACCUGAACUCUAACACCACAACAAAGUCACAUGAAGCAUCAUUUGGAAACGGUCAUAUUGAGUCCUGGCAAUUGUCUAAACAACAUGGUCUCCUGGAAAGACCGGAGAAGAUCAAGACAAGUGGGUAUCUCAACCUUCUGGCUAACUGCAUUGACAACUUCACACAUGGCCUUGCUGUUGCCGGCAGUUUCCUGGUCAGCAAAAAGGUUGGGUUCUUGACAACCUUUGCCAUCCUGCUCCAUGAAAUUCCUCAUGAGGUGGGCGACUUUGCCAUUCUCCUACGAGCCGGCUUCGAUCGUUGGAGUGCAGCUCGCAUGCAGCUGAUCACUGCACUGGUUGGAGUGUUAGGGGCCGGUUUUGCUCUGUGUGCUCAGUCCCCCAAAGGCAUGGAAAACACAACUGCGUGGAUUCUUCCAUUUACCUCUGGAGGUUUUCUCUACAUCGCUUUGGUGAACGUGGUGCCGGAUCUUUUGGACGAGUCCAGUUUAAGACACUCGCUUCUUCAGAUUCUGCUCAUCCUUUGUGGCGUCGCUGUCAUGGCUCUCAUGUCAGCCAUCGUUGACUGAAACAGGACCUGCUUUUCUUGUCUCAACAAAUGAAAUGGAACAAACAAAUCCAGCCCUUUGUAUCCAGAUCAUCCACUCAGAAGAAAAAGAAAAUCUAAAAGGAUUAUUCCUCAAAUGUCUUGAUCAUGUCAAACAACGGCCUUUCACAUCAUGGAUGGUUCACUUGGGCGCUUUUCUAAGUGCCGAUCGGGGAUUGUUGUUGAGUCUCUGCACCAAGUUGUCUUAAGAUGGUGAUCAGACAAUCACGUUGUUUUGCACGACAGGGAACUGUUGGAGGAAAAAAAGUUGUUUGUUACCUUUAUUUUUGUAGUAUUUAUUUUUAAAAAGUGAUACAAGCCAAGUAUAUAUAUUCAUGCCUUUUGGGUCAUCGCCGUACAGUUCUGCCUUAACACAAGUUACAAUUGUCUCUCGAGCUGUUCACCAAAGUUUUCCAAAGACAGAGCUGCUGCACCUUUUUGAGAGCAUGUCCUCCAUGCUCUUUACAAAUAUGUCAGUGUUACAUUCUUCAAACAUUUCAUACAGUUUCUGUUGUCAUUGCACAAUGUCUGAAGACCAGCUUUGUUUUUCAUAUCAUGGCGACAUAGGAUUUGUAUUUGCCUGUUGAUGUUGUCCUCAAAUGCCUAAUAAAUGAUAAAUGUCUAUAUUUAUACAUGGA